AUGAAGAACGAACGUGGGACAGAUUAUGGCGUUCUCAGUUCGAAUCAGAAGGACACUGCAUUCAAGGCUAACAAAGAAGAACCAUUUCUCUUUCUGAAACAAGAAUUGAUCAUUGGGUCGUGUGGUCGAUUAGGUCAAGUUCGGUUCUCGCUCUCCCAAAUUUGGUCAGCAUCUCUCGUAACGGAGAAUUUAGGCUUUCCAUGGGAUGCAUUAUUUGUAAUGGGAACCAUGACCUUCAAGGAGACGAAUGAACUUUGUCCGUUAGAACACACGGAUUCCAG